AUGGAAAUGCUGUACCGUUGUGGAGAAGUUCUUGCAGCAUUCGACCGAAAGAUGGGUCCACGUCUUGGUCGACGAAUGGCUGACAAUAUGGCAAUAGUCUCGACGCUGUCAAACGCUUUCUCAUUUCGUCGACAAAGCUUGUUCUACGAGUUGGGCUUCAUCCAAUGUCUCCGUAUGCAGAAAAUAGUCUUCGUACAGCUUAUGUGGUGGUAUUUCUUCACUGGGUUAGCGGAAGAGAUUGGUUUAGAAUCUGUGAUCGACUCUAUUUUCUAUGUGGAAGAUGUGCGAAUCCCGUCUUCGUUCAUCAAUAAUGUUCAGCAGGAUACGGUGGUCGAAAAGUUCCGUGCACUACCUGUGCUGCUUUCAAAAGUUUCGAUUGCCUGA